AUGUCAGUGUUGAGUUUAUUACCGGAAGAUAAACGUAAGGACCAGAGAAAUUCGUUGGAGAGCGUGUACAGCAGCAACUCGCGGUUAAAUUUGCUCCACAAGCGAAAACGCAUGAGCCCACUGCGCCUGGCCCUCGGCAUGUCGUCUCAAACCCAACAGCGCGGAGAUCGCUCUGUGACGCAGCGUGUCCUCUCGGCCAAGACGCACCGCAUCAAGCAGUUGCAGAACCAGUUGGCUGACGCGCACUAUCAUCUGCAGGAACUCAGCAACGAAAAUAAAAUUCUUCGAGCUCUACAAAAGAAGCAAGAGACCGCUCUGCAAAGAUACGAGAGCUCGAGCGCCGAGCUGCCCCAGGUUCUAGCGGCCCACAGCGAGGAGACGCGCGUGCAGCAGAUCAAAUAUAGGCAGGCGCGCCAGCAGUUGCGGGAUCUGGAGGCGCGUCUUCGGGAACGCGAGCAACAGCUUCAGGCGUUGCGGGACGAACAUCGACAUCUACUCCAACUCACUCGUGACAAGAAUCUUCUCGAGCGCGAAAAACUUCAAGUCCGAGUGAGCGAACUUAACGAAACGGUCCGGCAGCAACAGGAAACUAUAAGCGCGCUUCAGCGUCGCAUCGCCCUCGAGGCGAAGAAUUUUAAACAUCGGCUGCAAGUGGAGGUGAACAAGCACAAGGACACGCGCCACGACCUCGAUUUGGCUAUCAGCAACGCCGAUAAACUCUCGACCAUCAUCGAGAUGAAAGAAAAAAUGAUCAGCACCGCAGCCAGUCGCACCGGCGGGAGCAGGUCUCCGUCGAAAACGGCGACAGGGUCCAGGUCCCAGAGCAGGACAGCAGGGUUUGACGACGCGUCUAAGUCCAGCGCCAUGUCGCAGCGGUGCACUUAUACCGCCGUUAACGAACGCCCCACCGCGGCCGGCGCUCGCGUCGCCGAUCCGAGCGAACUUGCCAGAGCCGUACGAGACGGGAUAGCCGAUUUAACGAUUGACGACGACCGAUUGACGGAAUGCGCGACGCCCGAGGACACCCGGAUCAGAAUGCGGGCGAUGAAGAUGGAUUUAAUGACGAAAAUCAUAAACAACGAGGAGUCGACAUCUAGGAGAGCGAGCGCCCUCCGAGGGCGAUCUUCUGAGGAGUCCACCGAGGAGGAGCUUACCCGGGGACCGACUCGGCCCGUCUCGAGAGGCCGUAGGAGCUCAGCCGUCUGCUUCUCCGAGGCGGAUGAGGACGCGCCGGGCUCGACAGAUCUCGCGGCCGGGGAUGACGUCGAUCGGGCUAGCGCUAGGAAGCUCUCAGGAAAACAGGAAAAAUAUUGCAAGAACAUACUAGAGGACAUCGAGAAGAGUUCGCGCGUGAUCGACGUACACGUGCGCCAGUUGUCGGCCGUGCAGAGCGCGGGAGACCGGAUCGCGGAGCAGCUGCGAGCGGUGGACCGCGUCAACGAGUUGGUGAACGCUAAAGGCGAUGUUCCUGAACCGGCGCUCACGCGAUUGCAGGAGCGGUUCCAAUCGCUUUCGGAGCACGUCGUCGCCAGAGGCCCGUCCGGACGCAGAGCCAAGGUCUCCACGCUUCUAGACGACGAAGCGCUCACCAACCGAGACCUGCUGGACGACCUUCUCGGAAAGAAAUGA